AUGCCCCACUGCCAUCGUCCCUACACCGCCAUCGUGAGCGCUCGCCCUUCCUCCCCUCUCUCUCGCGCGACCUCGCAUGCCGACGCUGCGCGCGCGCUCGCGCUCGUCGCCGCUCCCGUGUCUACCCCGGCUGUGCCGUUCAUCGCCUCGCCACGCUCGCCGCUCGUCGACUCGCCGCGCUCGCCGCCGCCUAGCGCACGCUCUCGCGCGCCUCGUCCGUGCCGCGGCCCCGCACCCUCGCCCCCGCACGCGCUCAUGGCCGCGCGUGGCCGUCGCUGCCCGUCCCCUGCCGCGGUUCUGCUCUGGCCAAGCCGCCGCCGCCACCGCUGUCCUCUGCCGCCCACGCGCUCCGGCCGGCCAGCCUCUCCACGGCCGCGCCCGUGGUCGAACUCGGGCACGGGCACCACACCCGUGCGCCCGCACGCCCGUUAG